UGGGAGGAGCGGGGGGCGGCGUGCCCCCCCUUCCAGCUGGUUUCCAUGGUGAACACACUUUGUACCGCCAACGUCACCAUUUUCCCUGGAUAGUGGGACAGCAAAAGAGAAAAUGACUCACUGAAAAGAGCCUUUGAACGGCAGCGGGGAGCAGAGCACGGGGACAGGAGCCCAUCCGAGGGGACCGUCAGCUGAGCUGCCCCUCAGCUUGGGAACUGGAGCUUCCCAAAGAAGACAACAGGCCAUGAGAUGCAGCUGGCCCUGCCUCGCUUUCCUCACCUGCACAGCCACAGACCUGGGAGCUGUGACCAGCCCAGACUGGGCAGGGGCACCGCCAUGACUCACUGGCACCUUCCCUCCCUGUACCCACAGCAACAGUGAUGGGAAGUGUGGCAUCAUCUCAGAUGCCAGAUUAUCCCAAAACCAGGUCAGAUGCACCUGCAGCAGCAGCUGCUGCAACACUGGAGUGCAGGAGCACCAGGACACGGGGGGCACCAGGACACAAGGGACACCAGGACACAAGGGACACUGGGGCACAGGGCUGGCUGAGUGCAGCCUGAAGCACCCCAGGACUCUCAGGAGAAACCAGGGCCCCCAGCAGACCCUGCCUUCCAUUGCCAGGCUCUGCCUCCCGCUGUGCCAGCAGGAGCGAGGUCCCCUGGCACCGAAGCCAUGCCCUCCCUGGCCUUCCUCACCACAGGGGUCAGGCUGAGGACGGCCAGCUCGGUGCAUCCCCCAGAACUGCAGCAUUGCCCACAGCCUCUUCACCCAGCAUCACCCAGCACCACCCAGCACCACCCAGCACCACCCAGCAUCACCCAGCACCACCCAGCAUCACCCAGCGACCCCGGCACAGCUGCCUGCAGUCAGGGAUCACCCAGCCUCACCUGGGCAGCCCGGCAGGAGGGGACUGCUGGGGGCUGCUGGCGGUGGGGCUGGUGGCAGCAGACAGCUCACAGCCCCAGGGGCACCAGCCCCUGCCUCACACCCAGCCCUGGCAAACGGGGGCAGAAGGGGCACGGAGGGAGAGGGGGGAUGCCGGAGGCAGUGAGGUGCAGCGGGAUGCAGUGGGGUGUAAUGGGAUGUAAUGGGGUGCAGCGGGGUGCAGUGGGGUGUAAUGGGAUGUAAUGGGAUGCAGCGGGGUGCAGCGGGGUGCAGUGGGGUGCAGAGGGGUGCAGUGGGGUGCAGCAGUCGCCCUCCCACCCCACGGAAGCCAGCGUGCACCCGCAGCGGGCACAGCCCCUCCCGCGCAGCGCCCCCCGCCUGUUGCAUCGCCCACCCAGCGCAGGUCGCGGCCCCACCGCCGGCUCCGAACCGGAGUGUCUCGGUGCCGGUGCCGGUGCCGGUGCCGCCCCGCCCGGAGCGUGGCCGUCCGUCCCCGCCCGUGCUGACUCACGGCCCCGGGCUGGCCGUGGCCCCGCUGCCGCCGGCGGGGCUUUGCUGCGGCCGCCCGGCCAUCCCGGCCAUCCCGGCCAUCCCGGUCAUCCCGGCCAUCCCGGCGGAGCCCGCCCGGCCGGCGGGGCUGACUGACGUGUGCGGAAGGGCCGAGCCGGGGCUCCCGCAGAGCCGGCGGCAGCUCGGGGCUCCCGGCCGGGGCGAGCCCACGGGCACAGGCACUGCCUCAGGCUCCGGGCACUGGCACCCCAGCCCUGAUCCCACCGGGCCCUGCAAGACAGCCCGUGCCUCAGUUUCCCCGCUGGUGAUGCCCAGCAGGGAGGGGAUGGACGCUCUGGCGGCUUGGGAGUGUGGUCCGUACAUCCCCGCUGCCCUCUCGCCGCCCACCGCGGAUUCCAGGCUGAAAACAUGCCAGAUCCUCCUGGGAAAGGUGGCGUAUUUCACCAAAAGGAUUGAUUCUGCCCUUUAAUUCUGGUUUUACCAUCUCGGGCUGAAACAGCAGCAAACAAUAAGUAGGUGGAAAAUAACAGAAAAUCAUCCAUCAUUUUGUGAAGAAAUGAAAUAAAAACAAGGACUGUGCUAGGGACAGGCCGGGCUCCGGCGUUGCUGCGCACACACCACGCGUGUCAGCCUGAUUAGGGACAAAAAAUCAAGUCUCUCCAUCAAAGCCGGCCCUGAUGCAGAGCCAAGAGCCAACAAUUCCCUCUGUUUCCACAGCAAAUAAUACUAAUAUUAUUAUGAUAAUAUAAUUAUUAUAAUGUAAUUCUGGUAACACUCUAUAUUAUAAUAAUAUAUAGUAAUAAUAGGCUAUUAUUAUAUAUAACGUAUUCGAGUUGUGUAUGGAAUUAUAUAUAGAAUUAUACAUGGAAUUACAUAUAUUGCAUUUUUAUAUACAAUUAUAUAGUCUCUCUGGAUUAUAGAAUUAUUAGGAAUAUAAUAACAUAUCGUAAUAAUAAA